AUGGCACCUGCAAUGGAGACGGGAAUGGACAAGAAUGAGGAACAAGAUCUAGGUGUAUCCAAUAUAUCGAGUGCUAGAGCGCCUGCAAGCAAUCAUGAUCAUGUCGUCACAAUCAAUGCAAAACAUCCUGGAGGAGACGAAAACAUUGAUACAUUGGUGGAAAAAUUGAAGCUGGAGGCUGGAAAUGUUGCAGUCCCUGAAGAAAAAAGUAAACCAGAUGAUUUGCAUGGUGUCGUCAAGAUUCCUCAACAGAUGUUGAAGACAGACCCAAACAUUGGAUUGACUAGUACCGAAGUUAAGGACAGGCUGGGCAAGUAUGGAGAGAACAUCCUUUCAGAGCACAAAGAGAAUUUGGUUCUCAAGUUUCUAAUGUACUUUUGGGGGCCUAUCCAGGUCACCAUGAUUGGCGCUGCUGUACUUGGGGCCGCUCUUCAAGAUUGGGUAGAUCUAGGAGUCAUCUGUGCAUUACUGUUGCUUAAUGCUGUUGUUGGCUUUUUGCAAGAAUAUCAGGCCUCCAACAUCGUAGCUCAACUCAAGUCUCAAAUCGCAACCAAGGCAUCUGUCAAACGUGAAGGUUGCAUCUCCGAGAUUGAAUCAAAGACGAUCGUCCCUGGAGACAUAGUCCACAUCGAAGAAGGAACCAUCAUCCCAGCCGAUGGAAGGAUCAUUUUUGAACACGAUUACAUCCAAGUCGACCAAUCAUCACUUACUGGAGAAUCUAUUGCAGUUGAAAAAAAGCACGGAGAUGAAGUCUUCUCUUCUUCACUGGUCAAACGUGGACAAUGCUUGAUCCUUAUUACUGGAACUGGUGAUAAUACCUUUGUCGGGCGCAGCGCCAAGUUGUCAGCUACUACAAACACCCGUGGUCACUUUACCGAGGUUUUGAACAAUCUGGGAGUGAUGUUGUUGGUACUGGUAAUCGUUAGCAUAUUCAUCGCAUUCGUCGGAGGUUUCUUUUAUGGAAAGGAUGUGCCUACCAUUUUGACAUAUUCUUUGGUAAUCAUGAUUAUUGGAGUACCCGUUGGGCUGCCCGCCGUCAUCACAACAACUCUUGCGGUUGGAGCAGCCUAUCUCUCUCGCAAGAAAGCAAUAGUUCAAAAGUUGUCUGCUAUCGAAUCUUUAGCAGGCGUUACAGUUCUUUGCUCUGACAAGACAGGUACCCUGACUCAAAACAAACUGUCUCUUAACGAGCCAUAUACAGUCGAAGGAAUCGAUCGAGAAGAGUUACUUUUGUGCUGUGUUCUGGCCUCCUCGCGUAAAUUGAAAAGUUUGGAUCCUAUUGAUAAAUGUGUACUUCUUGGUCUGCUGGAUUACCCUGACGUCAAGGAGAGAACGAAAGACUAUGAGGUUCUAGAGUUUAGGCCUUUUGACCCUGUAAGAAAGCGGGUCAGUGCUACUUUGAAGGGCAAGGAUGGAAAGAAACUGACUGUCGUCAAGGGCGCUCCUCAAACUAUUAUGGAAUUGGUACAUCAAAAGAAUCCUAAGCAAUCACAAGCUAGCUUAAAAGCAUACAGUAACGAGGUGGAUGAGUUUGCUCGUCGUGGCUUUAGAAGUCUCGGCGCUGCAUGGCAAAAGGAAGGGGAAGAAUUGCAGCUUUUAGGAAUUUUACCUCUAUUCGAUCCUCCCCGCUCCGACACUGCCACAACCAUCCAGGAAGCUAAAGCUCUAGGACUAUCAGUGAAGAUGCUUACUGGAGAUGCAGUUGGAAUUGCCAAGGAAACAUCACGGCAGCUCAACUUGGGCUCCAACAUAUAUGAUACCAAGCGCCUGGUGGGAGGUGAAGGUGGUAAACUGACAGGAUCUGAGCUAGGAGACUUUGUAGUAGCAGCAGAUGGAUUUGCUCAAGUCUUCCCAGAGCACAAAUAUCAAGUCGUUGAUAUAUUACAACGGCGGGGUUUGUUGGUGGCCAUGACUGGUGAUGGAGUCAAUGAUGCUCCCUCCUUGAAAAAAGCUGAUUGUGGAAUAGCUGUGGAAGGAGCUAGUGAUGCGGCCAGAAGUGCUGCUGAUAUCGUCUUUAUUGCUCCUGGUCUCAGCACCAUCAUCGAUGCUGUAAAGACUUCAAGGCAGAUUUUCCAUCGGAUGCUUGCAUACGUGCAGUACAGAAUUGCUUUAUCAUUGCAUCUGGAAAUUUUCUUGGUCACCACUAUUCUAAUUGUACAAGAAUAUCUCAAUCCGGAGCUCAUUGUUUUUCUUGCCAUAUUUGCUGAUGUUGCUACGUUAGCUAUUGCGUACGAUCAGGCACCGUUCUCGUUGGAUCCAGUGGAAUGGAAUCUUCCAAAGAUAUGGACCAUGGCAUUCAUCUUGGGCAUCGAGCUUGCUGCUUUUACAUGGCUCCUUUAUGGCAUCCUACUCACGGGAGUUUCGGGAUUCAUCACUGGCAGCUCUAUCAACUUUCAGGAACUUUUAUUCUUGGAGAUUGCUCUUACCGAAAAUUGGUUAAUAUUCAUCACUCGUACUGAAACAGUUUUCAAAAGUGUUCUUCCGUCUUGGCAACUAGCCGGCGCUGUGUUUGUGGUCGAUGUAAUUGCUACUGUUUUUGCUGCGCUUGGAUGGUGGGGUAGUCCUCAGAAUGCAAGCAGUAUUGUGGGAGUAUGGCUCUACAGUGCUGGAGUUUUUGUCGUGCUUGCAACGACUCAUGGACUCAUCAAUACCUCCACAUGGCUCAACAAACUUGGCAAAAAGAAGGACGCUCCAGAAUCCAGAUCCCUGGAAGACUUUGUAUUCCAAUUACAAAAAGUAUCGAGAAUCCAUGAGAAGCAGUCUAAAAAGUUGAUUGGAAAUGUCAAAUCAACAGAAGACCAACCUUUGGCUGAUGGAGCUCCCGUUAUGAAACAUCAUGCCGAUGAUAACGACGACGAGAGCUCUGACGAUAGUGAAACUGAAAAGGAGAGGAUUGCCAAGGAACAACGUCGCCGCGAGAGUGUUGCAAGUCUCCGCAAAAGACAAAAUACGACUACUUCAGAGGACACUCAAUAG